AUGUAUUCUGAUGAGGAUAAAGUUCUCUCGCUUUGUUUUGUUAGGUCAUUGAUUAGAAUCAAGUACGAUGAUCAACAUCGGAAGUUUGCUCGUACUUUGCACACUUUUAGCUCCUACUUUGGGAGCUAAUAUUCUGUGUUUAACGCCUAUUCCAAGUUACAGUCAUCAUAUAUGGAACCGAGCAUGGAUGGAAGCGUUGGCCGCCAGAGGGCAUAAUCUGACAAUAGUAUCCGCGGAUGUCGAGAAGGAUGCUAAACCGAACAUGACCUAUAUCCAUCUGGAGAAGGCUUAUUCUUACCUAGCGGAAGCCUUAAAUCUGAACGAAAUGUCCGUUGCUAGUGCUUUCGGAGGAGUGCGGGAUCUGUACGCUUGGGGUACCGGGAUGUGUAAAGGAGUUCUCAAAUCCAAGGGAAUGGACACUAUCUCCAAUUAUCCGAGUGAUUUUCGUAUCGAUUUGGUAGUCGCCGAUAUCACUUUAGGGCCCUGCAUGUUGGGUUUACUCCAGAAGUUCGGCAAUCCUCCAAUUGUUGGGGUUACUGCUUACAACAAUCCUUCUUACACACCGGAUUUUGUUGGCGGCCGCAAGGACUAUGCCUUCGUGCCUUACGUUAUGCUAAACUACGAUUCAAAUAUGAGCUUCUUCCAGCGAUUGUACAAUUACAUAGUGUACACCUACGAUGACUACUACCGUCACAACUCAUUCCUGCCAAGAAUUGAGCACAUGAUGAGAAGUUACCACAAAAAAUCCUUGGAAAGUGCUUCAGAUUUGGAACGUCGCGUCAUGUUGCUGCUGGCCAACUAUCACUACGCCGUAGAUUAUCCGGAAUCUGUACCGCCAAAUCAUAUUCCAGUCGGAGGACUACAAGUUCGAUCGGCCAGGCCUCUUCCCUCGGAUCUAGAAAAGUUCAUCUUAGCCGGACAGAAAGGAACGGUACUUUUCUCGCUGGGAACUAACGUUAUGAGUAGCGAUCUCGGCGAAGAACGCAUCCGGAUGUUCGUGGACGCAUUUCGUCAACUGCCUCAAUAUAACUUUGUAUGGAAGUUCGAGGAAGACAUGGGUCUCGAGUUUCCGAAAAACGUGUUAGUCAAAAAAUUCUUGCCCCAGAAUGACAUCCUGGCCCAUUCGAAUGUGAAAGCUUUUAUGACCCUUGGCGGAAUGCUCAGUACUCACGAGGCAACUUGGCACGGAGUUCCGAUGGUGGGAAUUCCCUUUAUUUGUGACCAGUACAGGAAUUUACACAAAUCUGUACAAGCAGGAGUUGCAGUCAAGCUAGAGCACAACCAGCUUUCGGUUGAAAAAAUUAAAGCUGCCCUGCUCGAGGUGCUUGAAAAUCCAAAAUACCGGGAAAACAUGCGCAGACGAUCAUCACUUUUCCGCGAUCAACCCGAACAUCCGCUGGAUCGCGCAAUCUGGUGGAUUGAGUGGGCACUUCGCCAUCCUAAUUGCAACAGCAUUCAGUCGCCCUCGAAAUGGAUGACCUCUUGGAGCAGUCAACUUUACGACGUAAAGCUGUUUCUGAUCGGCGGUGUUUUGUGCCUUGCGCUACUCAUCAAAGCCAAAUUGUCACAGAUGCUAUCGUGUUCGUCAAGUUCAAGUGUACGCGGAGUCGUUCAAGAUAAGAAAUUAAAAUAAACUGAGUUAAAGAUA